CUGCUCGACCUGAUUGGUAACCAGCUCGCAUAUAUUCGUGUCACCAGAGGUAGAAAACCGCAGAGGAGCUAAAUCUCUUCAGGAGGUCAAACACACACACUGACUGAGCAGGUUUUCAGAUUUCUUUUGAGGAAUUUUUUUUUUAAAGAAUUAAGUUUUUUUUUUUUAAAGACUCUCAAAGAUGUCUAUUUUACCCGACGAGGCGACUUUUGCUGACUUCAGAAAUCAGUGUUCAUCCACGGAGAAUUGGGCCAGCAAGUAUGACAAGCAUGGGAUACAGGUGUGGGUCGAAGUUGCUCCUAAAAACAAAGGAAAUAAUGUACCUAAAGUCCACAAAAUCAAGUGUAAAAUGACAAUCAAAGAUGUGUCCGCCGCCACCAUGUACGACGUCCUUCACGAUGGCCAGUACCGUAAGACGUGGGACUCGGCCAUGGCGGAGAGUUAUGACAUUGCCCGGCUCUCUGCUAACGCCGAUGUGGGAUACUACGCAUGUGAGGACUCCUUUCUGGGUUUCUCUCCAAAGCCGAUAACAAACAGAGAUGUGGUGACUCUGCGUUCGUGGCAGGUGAACGAGGAUGCGUACAUCAUCGUCAACUUCUCAGUCAAACAUCCGAAAUACCCUCCCUGCAAAAAAGCAGUGAGAGCCGUCUCCAUCCUCACUGGCUAUUUGGUCAAGCCCAUUGGACCAAACAGCUGCACUUUCACAUACCUUUCACAAGCGGACCCCAAAGGUUCUCUUCCAAAGUGGGUGGUGAACCACGCGUCCAAAUUUCUCGCUCCGAGAGUGAUGAAGAAUGUGCACAAGGCGGCAGUGGCCUACCCACAGUGGAAAGAGCAAAACUCUCCCGACUUGAAGCCUUGGCUGUACCCAGAGCAGAGCACCCUGCCUAUGAUGGACCCCGCAGAACUGUCGAUACAGAGAGCCGACUCGCUAGAAAACGUGGACGAGAGUUCAAAGGUGGCCGCUCAGCAGGAGAACGAGGACAGCAGUUAAAUCUCCUCAUGCAAGAGGGAGCGGAGGAUAGACUGUAUAUAACUGACAAAUUCACUACGACUUGACCUCUGACUCUUUGUGAUGUCACUCACGAAUAUUUAUCCGGUUUUCCAAAUCAGUGAGCCUUCUGGGAUGAGCAAGAGCAUGAAGUGUUUACGGCCGUCUUUCCGGACGGACUUGAGCACAGACCAAGUUGCCAUUGACUUUAGUCCAUGUUGAACAACAUGUCUCCAGUGUUUUAGAAACUUUUUUUUGGGAACUUUUUAUUUUUUAUAAUAUCAGGAGCUCAUUAGUUGAGUCAACCAUUUAACUGUCUCAUUUUGUAGAUGUUUAUAUACGUGACAAAUCAUUACAUAUUCUCAAGUUCAUUUAGUUGAUCUUUCACUCGUCUAUGCUGCGCAAAUUGCAUGAAUGUUUCAACUGAAUUAUUUUGAGAAUAUAUACGUACGUUUAUAAAAUGUCACACUCGAUAAUCUGUUAAAAAAUGUAUGAAAAAAGUUGAAAGGUGUAAUUUAAUCUCGACUAAUAAGCUUUUGAAAUGUUAAAAAAUGUUAAAUACUAUCUGUGGGCGGACCAUCCAAAUUGAGCGUCGCCCUUUUUCUGUUGUCCAUGUACAGGCUAAGAGGUGUCUGGGGUUUGAAUGCAUCACAGUUGCAGCGCUACAUUAACAUCGAGUCCACUGUCAGGACAUUUGUAUUCUAUUUUUUAAUGAAGAAACGAAGCAUAGUUAUCUACUUUGACUUUACAAGUGACUGAAUAGUCGAGUGAAGAGUUUUUCUUUGUUAAAUGUCACCUCAAAAUUAUCAAAGCCCAAAACACUUCAAAAAAGAGAAGUCACAUUUUAAUUUGUUCAAUCACAUAAUAAUGCUAGCUGCAGAAACAAUGGCGGGGGCUCUGGGUUUGUGCAGCAGCUGUGGGUGCUGGUCUUGAAUAGUUUUUUCAAAAAUACAAAUAUUUUUAACCUGAUGCAAAAAAAAAAACAAAACCCAAAACUAAAGUCACUAUUUUGCUUUCUAUAUUUAAUUUUAAAUGUGAAGACUUUACUCAUUUUAUUGAUAACCCUUAGGUAAUUUAAUUUAGUCAUAAGUGAAGCAACUGUGUUUUUCUAUCCUGACUGUGUAAAACAGGAAGACGGUUUGAAAUGUCCUUGUAUUUAUUCAGCUGUUUUGCAAUCAAAGGUUUAUGCAAUGUUAUUCUUGCUGUAGUUAAACAGACCCUAGACUUGCAUUGGCACUCGAGGAGGGCAUUGAUCUCUGAGAAUUAAAAUCUUGUUGGUUGUAUUAACAUAAAAAAUGUACAUAGUAAAUUUUGUCAUUUGAGUACCACUUUACGUGAAGGAUUAGAAUGACCACAAAGGUUAUCUUUUUUCUUUAUUUAUUUGAAGUGUCUGUAAGCUCAGGUGAAGUCAUGAUGGAGAAAAAGGCCCUUGAAUGAAGCGGGCCAGGCUUGUUUGGUAUUUCUUUGUGAGAUAUUUGAUGUUGAGAAUGUUAGUAUGUCUUGACUUUUUAAAAUAAACCUCACAAGCAUGAA